UUGAGACCCUAAAAACUCACUUAUACUCUUACUUCUCAAACUCUUCUUACUUCCAUUUCUUUUCUCAUCUCAUGGCUAUGCUCCAAUCAUCUUCCUCUUUCUCUUCAUUCUCUUAUGGAUUCACCUAUGACGUGUUUCUUAAUUUUAGGGGCACCGACACUCGGUAUGGUUUUACUGGAAAUCUCUACAAAGCUCUUUGUGACGGAGGAGUCCGCACCUUCAUUGACCAUAAAGAUCUUCAUGAAGGUGAUAGAAUCACACAAUCCCUUGUCAAGGCCAUCGAAGAGUCCAGGAUUUUAAUUCCGGUCUUCUCUAAGAACUAUGCUUCUUCUUUGUUUUGUUUGGAUGAACUUGUCCACAUCAUUCACCGUUACGAAGAAAAGGGUUGCUUCGUUUUUCCUAUUUUUUGUGACGUGGAACCUUCUCACGUGCGACAUCAGACGGGGAGUUAUGGUGAAGCAUUAGCUAAGCAUGAAGAGAGGUUCCAAAAUAACAAAGAAAAUUACAACGACAACAUGAAGAGGCUGCAUAAAUGGAAGAUGGCUCUUAACCAAGCAGCUAACUUGUCCGGCCACCAUUUCAAUCCUAGGAAUGGAUAUGAAUUCGAGUUUAUUCGGGAAAUAGUCAAAUAUGUAUCCAACAAAUUGAAUCAUGUCCUUUUACAUGUUGUUGAUUACCCCGUUGGCCUACAACAUCGAGUUUUAAAAGUAAACUCACUUCUAAAAGUUGGAUCUAAUGAUAAAGUCAAGAUGCUUGGGAUCUAUGGACCAGGAGGGAUAGGUAAGACAACACUUGCAAAAGCGGUUUAUAAUUUCAUUGCUGGUCAAUUUGAAUGUGUCUGUUUCCUUCACAAUGUGAGAGAAAAUUCAGCAAAACAUGGCUUAGAGCAUCUCCAAAAAGAUUUGCUUUCCAAGAUUGUUGGAUUGGACAUUAAGUUAGCAGAUACUAGUGAGGGAAUUCCAAUCAUAAAACAAAGGCUACAACAAAAGAAGGUUCUAUUGAUUCUCGACGACAUUAAUAAAUUGAAGCAGCUGCAAGCUAUGGCUGGAGGGACUGAUUGGUUUGGUGCUGGCAGUAGAGUGAUUGUUACCACUCGAGAUAAAAACUUGCUAGCAAGUCAUGGGAUUGAAGUAACAUAUGAAACACACGAGUUAAACAAGAAAGAAGCCCUUGAAUUGCUUAGGUGGAAGGCUUUUAAAGCUAAACAAGUUGAUUCAAGUUAUGAGUGUAUUUUAAACCGUGCAAUAAAUUAUGCUGCUGGCCUUCCAUUGGCCUUGGAAAUAUUAGGUUCCAACUUGUAUGGAAAGCAUAUAGAAGAAUGGAAUUCUUUGUUGGAUCGAUAUGAAAGAAUUCCUAGUGAAGAGAUUCAAAAAAUACUUCGUGUGAGUUUUGAUGCUUUGGAGGAAGAUGAGAGGAGUGUUUUUCUCGACAUUGCUUGUUGCUUCAAAGGGUAUAAAUUGAAAGAGGUGGAAGAUAUGCUUUGUGCUCAUUACGGUCAACGCAUGAGAUAUCACAUUGGAGUGUUGGUUAAAAAAUCUCUUGUGAAGAUUAUUAAUGAGCGCUUUGUGACAUUACAUGACUUGAUAGAAGACAUGGGUAAAGAAAUUGUAAGACAAGAAUCACCAAAAGAACCUGGAAAACGUAGCAGGUUGUCGUUCCAUGAAGAUAUAUUUCAAGUUUUAGAAGAAAAUUCAGGAACAAGUCAAAUUGAAAUCAUACGUUUGGAUUUUCCACUACCUCAAGCAAUUGUAGAGUGGAAAGGAGAUGAAUUAAAGAAGAUGAAAAACCUUAAAACACUUAUCGUUAAAACUAGUUUCUUUCCCAAACCUCAUGUACAUCUUCCAGAUAAUUUAAGAGUACUGGAAUGGCAUAGUUUACGGGAUAUACCAUCUGAAUUUCUUCCAAAGAAUCUUUCCAUAUGCAAGUUACGCAAAAGUUGCCCUACGUCAUUUAAGAUGUUCAUGGUUUUGAAAGUUUUACAUUUAGACGAGUGUAAACGUCUAAGAGAAAUAAGUGACGUAUCUGGUCUCCAAAAUUUAGAAGAAUUUUCAUUUCAAAGGUGUAAGAAAUUACGUACAAUUCAUGAUUCUAUUGGGUUCCUGAAUAAACUUAAAAUCUUAAAUGCGGAAGGUUGUAGGAAGCUCAAGAGUUUUCCACCCAUUCAAUUGACCUCUCUGGAACUACUUAGACUGUCAUAUUGUUAUAGGCUUAGGAACUUUCCAGAAAUAUUAGGAAAGAUGGAAAACCUAGAAAGCAUUUUUUUGAAAGAGACAUCCAUAAAAGAAUUGCCUAAUUCAUUUCAAAAUCUCAGCGGGCUUCGAAAUUUACUCUUAGAUGGAUUUAGAAUGUUUCUUAGGUUACCAAGUAGCAUUCUCGUGAUGCCAAAAUUGUCUUGGGUUCUUGUUCAGGGUCGCCAUCUAUUGCCAAAACAAUGUGAUAAACCAAGUUCCAUGGUGUCCUCAAAUGUAAAAUCUCUUGUGCUAAUAGAAUGCAACCUAACAGGUGAAUCUCUUCCAAUAAUUUUUAAGUGGUUUGCUAAUGUGACAAAUUUAAACUUAUCAAAAAGUAAUAUCACAAUUCUUCCGGAAUGCAUCAAAGAACUUCGUUCCUUAGAGAGACUCUAUCUGGAUUGUUGCAAGCUUCUUCAAGAAAUUAGAGCAAUUCCACCAAAUUUAAAAUUCUUGUCUGCGAUAAAUUGCGAGUCUUUGAGUUCCUCAUGUAGAAGCAUGCUACUGGAUCAGGAACUGCAUGAAGUUGGAGACACCAUGUUUCGAUUGCCAGGAACUUUAAGGAUUCCAAGGUGGUUUGAGCACCAAAGCACACGACAGCCAAUUUCUUUCUGGUUUCAUAACAAGCUCCCUUCCAUUUCUCUCUUCUGUACUAUUGGAUGUAAAUACCACCCGAACGUUACAUCUAUUUUCUCCUUUUUCAAAAUAACCAUCAAUGGCUAUGAAUGCUUUCGUGAAGGUCCAACUAAUUUUCCUUAUAUUAAAAUUGAAGCCAAUCAUACAUAUCUAGUUGGUUUGAAACUACUAGACCUGGACAGAUUGGGUGAAGCAUUUUUAAAAAGGGAAUGGAACCAUGCGGUGGUUACAUGUGAUAUUUCAACUGUGCCAUUUGACCUUAAGGAAAGUCGAAUGCACAUAUUUAAACAAGAAAGUAGAAUGGAGGAUAUUCAGUUCACCAAUCAUUAUAAAAAGAGAGAAUUAGUUGAUGAUGAUGAUGAUGAUGAUGAUGAGGAGGAGGAGGAGGAGGAUGUUGUUGAUGUUCUUGAUGAUGACCACCACCAUUCACAAUAGUUCAGGCCAGUCACAAAACCACCCAUUGAUUCAUGGACAUGCAAGUCUUGACACAAUUUGCAAGGUAGAAAUAAUGAAUGGAAUUAUUCCCAUGCAUGUGAAAGUGGUCAUGUGCGGUUUUCAUUUCUUCGAUCUUCAGCGAUGCAUUCAUUCGAUGAUAUUGUGAAUGUUGAUUCAAUGAUCAACGGUGUCAACACAGAUAAGGGAUGGCAGAACCAGAAGAAAUUGUAGUUUCUCCAUUCGUUCUUGGUAUCUUGUGCAUAAUUGGAACAAUAGAAAACAAGUACGAGAACUAUUUUGAGUUUGGUCAUGCGAUUGAGAAUAAUCCUAUAUAUGUUUUGGACUAGAUGAUAAUUGUUUUGAUCCUUGAUUUUUAUGUAAUGUACCUGAGACAAUAGUGUAUAUCAUUUUCGUGAGAAUUCUAUCAAAUAUAUUCUGAACUGAUAAGAGUUCAUCUCUUUUCACA